AUGACCCCAACGCUCAAGGAGACGCCUUCAAAACCCUCUUUGUGGCCAGAGUGUUUGGGGGGCGGACACACACACGUUUCUUCACCCCGGCAGAACUACGACACGACAGAGUCGAAGCUGCGACGCGAAUUCGAGGUUUACGGCCCCAUCAAGCGGAUCUAUAUGGUCUACAACAAGCGCUCUGGGAAACCCCGCGGCUACGCCUUCAUCGAGUACGAGCACGAGCGGGAUAUGCACUGUGAGUACCCCCCGCCGCAACACCCUUUUCCCCCCUACAACCGCAUGUCCAACCUCUUAACCGCAACCGUGCGUUCCCUGGGUCCCUCCGGGGCCCCGCGCUCCGCAGGGGUGGCUAGGAUCACUUUUGGGACCCCCAAGGACGGGGACCGGGAACGAGAACGGGAACGGGAACGUCGGGAACGCUCCCGGGAACGGGAACGUCGUCGCUCGCGCUCGCGGGAACGUCGUCGUCGGACGCGGAGCCGGGAAAAAGAAGAACGGGAACGGAAAAGGGGCGGAAGCCGGGAUCGUAGUAAAGAACGGGAUCGGAAACGACGCAGCCGAUCCCGCGACCGUAAACGGGAUCGGGAUCGGGAUCGGGAUAAAAAGGAUGAAGGUCCCGAAUCCCUUGAACCUCCUGAGGAAUUGGGGGGUGCAACCGAUUCCGGACCCCCGGAUGGUUUAGGAUCGAAAGGGGAAACGGAGGAAAAAGGUCGGGAACGGGAACGGGAACGUCGUCGUGGGCAUCGGGAACGGGAUCGACGUCGUGAUAGGGAUCGGGAUCGGGAACGUCCGGAACGGGAACAUAAACGGGAACGGGAACGAUUGGAAAGACGGGAUGAAAGACCCCCGGGAUCUGGUCCCGAGGCGGGGGAUUCCCUGGGGGAAUCUGGUUCCGAGCUCUUCCUCCAACCCGAGGCCAUGCCGGCCUCCGAUGGCUACCUGGGGGCUGAAAAUGGCUACCUGAUGGAGCCCCCCCUGGAGUGAAGGAUUGGGGGGGGGCUGCACCCCAAAUUCCUUCUUCCCCCCUCCCCUUCCC